UUUUUGUAAAUAUAUUAUACAACCAAGGAAAUAACGAAUUGAAGGAAACAAACCAUAUCUGGUGAGGCAAAAUCCGUAGAGGCGAUCAAGAUAGAGACAGGGGGAAGUUUGAUUUUCCUGAACUUGGUGAACCAAAUUUGAUUUUGGCGGGUCAAAAUCACGGGAGCCAAAAUAUGAAGAAGUUUUUAUCAUUCUUUGUCUUUCAUUCAAUCCUUAUCUACCAUCUACACCACAAACUUGCUGUGUUUUCAUCUUUUACGAUCAGAGUUCAUUAGGAUUCAUCUAUAAAGCAAAAAGCCUAUGGACCCAUAUCUUCAGUUUCGCUCAGGCAAUGUUGGUGAGCUUAGUGAGUCAACUCCAUCUGAGAUACAGCCAAAUUCUAGUCAACCCAAUGAUAAUGCAGAUGGUGCUAGUGGACAAAAGAAAACUAAAGAUCCCACUCAAAUGCGUAAUAUUUGGGGUACUCGUGAUGAUGAACGCCUAACAGUCAAUUGGAACAAACUUGGCCAACCUGAUGACAAAUUGGCAACAAAGUUAUCAUCGUUCAUUGGAACUAUUGUGCGUGAUGGGAAAAAUGCACCACUCAUUUACAAGAAUUGGCAUAAAGUCCCAGAACAUUACAAAGAUCACAUAUCGGCACUUGUACAGGAUGAAAUGAAUGAGAGGAAAACCUUAAAUGCAAAUUUAGCGAAUAAAGGUCCAAAUGAUGCAUUUGGACAAGUGAUGGGUAAAGAAAAACAUGGACGAGUUCGCAUGUAUGGAUUAGGUGUCUCCCCGUCUAAUUUAUGGAGAGAUACAUCUGGUCAUAAAGCAAACCAAGACACAACAAUGGAUGUUAUGGAAGCUGAAAAUUCGGAGCUAAAGUCCAAAGUUUCCCAUGUUCAGCAUGCUCCGAAUAACUUGACAAGCACAUCUAAUCAGGCCACAACAACUUCUACUCCUCUCGACAUGGCAGCUCGACAUCAAGCAUGGUCUUUGUCAUCGAUACAAGAUACUUCUCUUACUCAGGUGGGAGAUAUAGCUGUUCUAAAAAGUAUCAUUAGGCCAACAGAAACAGUUGCAAUCGGAGUACUUAAAAGCACAGACGCAUCUAAAGAAGUAGAAGGGGAAGAACUGGGACCUAACUAUUGGGAGGUAUAUGUUCAAGUGCCAAUCAAACCUAAUGAGAGCUUGAUCCGAUCAUAUGGACUUGUCAAAACAGUUGGACAAGCUAUUGGAGCUCAUGUUGCUUGGCCUGCUCCAUUUGUGAUUUCACAAGUUAUGGAUGCUAGCCGAGAAUAUUUAUACAAGUAAAGUUGAGAAUUAGGGAACUGAUUUUAUUUUUGAUAAUUUUUCUCGCCGGAAUAUGGAUAUCACUAUGGCUUUUCAGAACUUAUGGUUAGAAUAAUUUUCUUUUAAA